ACCUAACCCCAAUCCACCCACUACGACCAAGACGACUCCUCUGGCUAUCUCUCCCAAGUCCCACCAACCCGAGUAGGCGAGCAGGACCGCAACACUCGCCGUCGCGUCGCAUGGAAGCCUCGAGUGGGGCCGGCGCCCGUGGCGGCGGCGGCGGCGGCGGACCGGCGCCGUUCCUCCUGAAGACGUACGAGAUGGUGGAUGACCCGUCGACGGACGCGGUGGUGUCGUGGAGCGACGCGUCGGACGCGAGCUUCGUGGUGUGGAACUCGCCGGAGUUCGCCGCGCGGCUGCUGCCUACAUACUUCAAGCACAGCAACUUCUCCAGCUUCAUCCGUCAGCUCAACACCUACGGAUUCCGUAAAAUAGAACCUGAGAGAUGGGAAUUUGCUAAUGAAUACUUUGUGAAAGGACAAAAGCACCUGCUGAAGAAUAUUUACAGGCGAAAGCCUAUCCACAGCCACAGCCAUCAACCAGGUGCACUGCCUGAUAAUGAGCGUGCAUUAUUUGACGAUGAGAUUGACCGGCUUGCGCGAGAGAAAGCUGCCCUCCAGGCUGACCUCUGGAAAUUCAAGCAGCAGCAGUCGGGGACCAUGUUUCAGAUUGAAGAUCUUGAGCAACGAGUGCUCAACAUGGAGCAGCGGCAGGGAAAAAUGAUUGCCUUCUUGCAGCAGGCUAGCAAGAACCCUCAAUUUGUCAAUAAGCUUGUAAUGAUGGCAGAGUCAUCCUCAAUAUUCACAGAUGCUUUCCACAAGAAGAGAAGGUUAGCUGGGUUAGAUUACGCCACCGAGACGGCAGAAGCUACUAGCUUUUAUGAUGAACAUAGCACCACUUCCAAGCAAGAAAUGGGCAACCUUUUGAAUCAGCACUUCUCCGAUAAGCUUAAGUUGGGACUUUGUCCCGCAAUAGCAGAGAGCAAUCUCAUCACUCUUAGCACUCAAAGUUCGCAUGAAGAUAACGGUAGCCCUCAUGGCAACCAUCCUGUGUGUGACAGAAUGGGGAUGGAAUGCCUACCGCUGGUGCCUCAAAUGAUGGAACUCUCAGAUACUGGGACGUCCAUAUGUCCCUCCAAGAACUCUUGCUUUACACCAUCUGUAAACGACGAAGGGCUCUUGCCAUGCCAUCUUAGUCUUACUCUUGCAUCGUGCUCGAUGGAUGUCGACAGAAGCCAGGCCUGCAAUGCAGAUGGGAGCACCACAAUUGAUGAGGGGAGAGACGACCCAGCAGAGGCGACCACAGCCACCACGGAUGACAAUCAAAAGACACCAGUUGAUUCUGAUAAAGCAGAUGCAGCGACACAACGACGAGGGGAUGCACGAAUUGCCACGGAGGCUCCUGCAGCUCCCCCUGCCGUGGUGAAUGACAAGUUCUGGGAGCAGUUCCUGACCGAGAGGCCGGGCUGCUCGGAGACAGAGGAAGCAAGCUCUGGACUAAGCCGGGAUCCUUCCAUGGAGGACAAGGGGCAAAUGGAAGGCAACAUGAAGGAUGGCAGCGAAGACAUGGAACAGCUGAAACUUUGAGCUUCUUCUAAUUUAUUUGGCCAAAGUGGUAUAUAUACAUACAGGCAUACAUCGUUACUAAGAUGUUAAGGACCAGGAAAUUACUGCUGAAUCAGUAGAUGUCGUGAAUUAAUAGGGUAUAUAAAUUGUGCACGGCAUGGAACGGUGCACAUAAUUUUGUUUUGUUUUAGAGCUGGAACCCAGAAUAGAAUCAUUCUAGUUUUACAGUGGUACCCUGCAGUCUCUGCUUCGAUUCUCC